CGCGGCCCUCCUGGCUGGCGCAGUGCCGUCUCCGUCCUCCGAGGCCCCGCCGGAGCCCACGGCACAAACCGCCCGCAUCUCCCGGAGGUCGGGCAAGACCCGGCCCCCGCUAGAUGCCCGAGGCGGGCGGCGCUAGCGGCCUCCCUCUCCGCCGCGGCGACUGGGCGGGAGAGGCCGGCCGGGGCGGCGGGAGCCUCGCCUGGCGCCCCCCCAGCGGCCGGGAGGACGCGGAGCAUGUGCAGAGCCGGCCGAGUACCGGGCCGCCGGUGGGCGAGCUGGCCGAGCGCCGCGUGAAAGCCUCGCUCUGCCGGGGCCGGCCAUGCCUCUGGCUGGGCUGCCGGCGCGGAGAGGGACCCGGGGAGGCGGCGGCGGCGGCGGCGGCGGCGGCCGCCCGGGCUGAGCCCGCGCCCAUGUUCUCCUGCUUCUGCUUCAGCGUCCAGCCCCAGAGCUUCGGCAGCCCCGCGCUGCCCGAAGAUGAAAACAAGGAAAACUACCCAGACAAAUCUGUAGUCUUAGAGGAAAGUCAGGCCGUGUUUCAAGACACGCCAACCCCCUGCGAUGGCACUCUAAGGGUUGGCAUGGGGAACUUAAAAUCCAGAAAGCCUACAUCCAUUCCAAAAACAGAAAAUGGGAAAACCCAUGACGAAAAUCAGGAGAUGGGAAAUUCAGGGUCUUGGCUCUCAGAGUGUCAGAAGAAAACAGCGACAUCAGCUACUGAAUAUGCUGAGAAUGUAACACUCAGAUACCAGGAAACAGCUCUCAAGUUUCAACCCAGGACAGAUCAAAGUGCAUUCAUUUCACCAAACGAUGCCGCUGAACACCUGCAAAGGCUCACUGAGGAAGACAGUCCUCAGCUGGUGGCUUCAGAGGAACCAGCCUCUUCAUCUGCCUCAACCAGCAUGCACAUUGACAGAGACUGUGGCGGUGAGCCUGCUCAGGGGUACCGUGAGGGCCAGGCGGAGGCCGACAAUGGACCAGAAGACCAGGAUGCUUUAGGGACUUGCAGGCUGCUGCAUCACAUCACGGAUGGAGAUUAUCCUCUAUUGUCUCCUCGCUGCUCUAUUUUCAGCCAAAGCCAGAGGUUUAACUUAGACCCCGAAUCGGCUCCUUCUCCACCAAGUGCUCAGCUCUUCAUGAUGCCAAGAAGUUCUUCCAGAGGCAGCUGUGAGGACAGCAAAGUGCCCCAGACCAUGGUGCAACUCACAAAGCACCUGCAAAGCCUGAAGAGGAGAAUCAGGAAAUACGAAGAGAAGUUUGAGGAGGAGAAGAAUUACAGGCCUUCCCAUGCUGACAAAAUAUCAAAUCCCGAAGUAAUGAAAUGGAUGAAUGACCUGGCCAAAAGUCGUAAACAGCUAAAAGAGCUGAAACUCAAAAUGUCAGAGGAACAGAGCUUCCACAUCAAAAGAAGCCAAAGGGACUUUCAGCAGGAAAGAGAGGCCGGGAGGCCGGAUCCAGCAGUUUCUCCCACCGGUCCUUCGGUGGAGGAAACCAUGGAAGUGGUAAAGCAGCAACUGAAAGAGAAACGACAGCAGCUCGGUCUCCCUGAGAAUAUCAAGGCUAUGACAAAAAAGCAAAUGGCUUUGGAAAAACUCAGUCUCCAGAAAAGCCUACUCUAUUUUGAAAGUAUUCAUGGACGGCCUGUUAACCAGGAAGACAGGAGUUUGAUGAAGCCACUUUAUGAAAGAUACAGAAUUAUAAAGCAGCUUCUAUCAACACCCUCUUUGAUUACAACUAUUGAGGAGGAAGAUUCUGAUGAAGAACCUCCUCAGAGUAGCUCCACCGGGUCUCUCCAUUGGCCUCCUGAGGCACAGAUGGGUCACUCGGAUGAGGAGAAUGAACCCGCCUUUGUUUCACCUCAGGAUGGAAGGAAAAUGAUGACACAGCCAACCCUCACGAUGUCCAAUUUACAUGAGGCCACCAUGCCUGUGCUUCUGGAACAUCUCAGAGAAACUAGAGCCGAAAAGAAAAGGAUAAGGAAAAUAUUACGGGAAUUUGAGGAAGAGUUCUUUAGACAAACAGGAAGGAAUCCCCAGAAGGAAGAUCGGAUCUCCAUGUCAGAGGAAUAUUUGGAGUACAAGCACAUCAAGGCCAAGCUCCGCCUCCUGGAGGUUCUCAUCAGCAAACAUGAUAUCUCCAAAACCAUCUGAAGCCAGUAAAAGUUCCUGAUGUGAGGAAAGAGAACGCCUGGCUCUUUCUGCCCAGUGAUUUGCUCUUGCUCUUCCUUAAGGUGAUAAUGCUCAGGUGAGCACAGCAAAAAGGUGGUGGAGCAGGCAUGGGACUGCACAAGGAAGGAGUGACUGGAUGGAGGACAGGCUCUUCCCUGUAAAUUCUCUCCUAAUUCCAGAGUCUGUUGUCACCUGGGCAUUUGCCUGCUGCUGAGCUAAAGGGAAGCAACAGCCCUAUGCAAUUUCAAGAAGGUGGCUUGGGAAGCCCUUGGAUCUCUCAAAGCUCUGCUGGAAUUUAUUUUGGAUACUCGAUAUCCAAACUAUCUGGCCACCAUCAUUUGAACAACGAUGCUCACAACAUUGGAAGGGCAAAGCAGUAAGCAAUAUGAGCUGUUUCUUUGAUCUGCGCUUCCCAGAGGGAAGCCCAGGUGUGUGUAUACAGUUGAGCUUUGUGGGUAUGUCCAAAACUAUGAAUUCUAGAAGGGCAAAAUCUCAUAAUUAUGAAACCCCAGUUCAAUUAACCCUUCAAAAUUAAUUGCACAAUCUCCCCUUUGCCUGAGAUAUUCCAGCAAGAACCACAAAAUGACAAGUCUCUUGUGAGAUUUUUUGCCUUUCUGGAAUUCCAAUCUCACGAGAUUUGUAUGGGAUCAGGGAGAUUUUCCAAGGUUCAGUAAUCUUGUGAAAGGGCCAGUUCAGGAAUCUUGGGCAUCAGCCACUGCCUGCCUCUCACCACGUUUUGGCAAGAAUGCCAUAAUUCCACACAAGGAACAACACCAAGCAUUGACAUCUGAUGGAAGCUGUCAUGAUGUCCUACUCAUCAGGAUGUCAUGAAUUAUGUAACAUGGGUUAAGCACCCAAAUUGCAAUUGCAAAUCAGAAUACAUGGUGCUAAAGUACAGAGUCCGGCUGCUGAGAAUCUUCAUCUUUCUCCAUCUUCCUUUCUCUUUUCGGUAAAUAAGAAGGCAGCAUUUGGUGCUUUUGAUGCAAAGACAUGAGCAAUGCUUAGUGAAAUCCUCACAAUAAUUCUUACAAAAAUAUUCAAGGGCCAGUAGGGAGCAUUUGGGCUACGAGACCAGUUCUCAGUCCCCAGGACUAAAUUAUGCAAUAAUUUUUAAAAGGGUGGGUGAGCUGUGCACGUUGAAGGAAAUUUUUAGAAAAAACAAUUGUUUGCAGAUUUCAGCUUGCUGUAGAGAGAAUUUAGGGUGAGAGGUCGCUGCCAAAGCUGGAUCAAUUUUGUGUUUAUCCAGCUGAAGUGUUUUACUGCAAUUUCCCUCUCUGUUACGUUCUGUGUUUUUACCACUUCAGACUUUUCUUAAAUAGGAUUUGGGUGGAUUAGGACAUAAUGCUUUUUGAUGGGAUGUAUUGAGAAGUCCAGCAAUUGAAAAGUCAUCUCUAAACAUUUCCCCUGCCUUGCAGAGUCUUACAUUUUAGUUAAACCUCGAGUCAAUUGAUGUUCAAGAGAUGCCUCCUUCCCAAAGCGGCCUUGUUCUGCUCUGCCACUCAUGUACUCUGGGGAAGGUUCUGGAUUCUGCAAAGAUACGUAGAAUGUUUGGUCCAGGCUGUGGAAGUGGUGGAGAAGCACUGAGAAUGUUUGAUUCAGAACAGGGAGGGCAUCCUUUGGAAAAUAGCUGGAUGGGUUAUUGCACUCUUUCUUACUGAAGGAAUAGGUUAUCUCCUGAACUAUUGACUCUGCAGGCAGCUAACAAGAUUAGCCUAGUUUCCUGAUUUUGCACAAAGUGUAAAACUACUUUUGACUGAGUGAUGGAGUUCUCUUCUGUUUGCAUUGUGACGUCUACUAAGAGUGUACAGAUAUGGACUUAUAGGGAAAACAUGAUGAAAAGUGAAACCAUGGUGAGGCCAAGUGGGCCAAUUUCUCUCUUGGACAAUUCAACACUGCUUUUUGACUUUAUAAAAUUGGUCCGAGCUUUAGAAUACAACCCACACUGCUGAAUUAAAAAUACUAGAAGUGUAGUUUAUCCAGCCUCCACAAUCGCUUGGGGGGGUCUAAAAAUACUUUUGCAUUUGUGUGUGAGUUUAAGUCUGCAUGUAGGUGUGCUGACUAAUUAUCUUCCAUCCCGGAGCCAGGAUUUGGGAAAAACCAUACCUCCCCAUCUGUCCCAUUAAACCAAGAAGGACCCAUGUUCCUUUUGGUUUAAGCUGCCUGUGGGAACCAAAUUCCACCAGCCCCAUCUGCUCUAUAAAUAUCCAGAGGGGAUCUAAUGCCAUAUGAAGGACUAUACUGUGGAUUCUCACCUGUGGUUUGAAGAUUUUGUUUGGAGUAGAUGGAAUAUGGACUUCCCCUCCCAUAUUAUCUUUUCCCUGUCCUUCUGCAUGCAAGUUGUUUUCUAUCUUUCUGGCACUGAAAUUUGACCACAGGAAAGGAACAACUGAAAGGGGAUUCCAGAAGUCCAAAGACAUCACAGUGAGGAAGGGAACCCCAUGUAGAGAGCUCAGUUUCUCCUCCUUGGGAGACCAGAGAUGGAAGUGAAGCAAGGGAGGGAUUAUACCUGCCAGCCACGUGCCCACCUGUCAGUCCUUUGAGGCUGAACAGGACAGGAGGCAGACUUCAAGUCUGACUGGAUUCAUCCUUUGUGGAGAGAGAGACACACACACACAUAAUUUUCCUUUCCCGUUACAUAUACCCUAGUGAAAUAGGGAAGAAUCAAUCUGUUUCCCAGGCUUAAUGCACUCUUUUUCCACCCAUCCCUUCUGUCUUCAAGGUCAGCUCUGUGACCACAUCCUGUUCCAAGUACCAGGACUCCAUACAAGCAGGAAGGUUGGUGGGAAAAGGAUUGGUGGGACUUUUAAAACAAUUCCUGCAAGUUUGGAAGGUUCAUCCCCUCCUCCUCAGCUGUAGAAAUCUGUUCUGUUUUGGCAUUCUGCAUGUUGGCAUGGAUGUCACCCCCUUUAUAAUUGGGAAUCAUUAAGUUAUUGGCUGCUUUUUAAUGGCUCAGGGCUAUUCUUUGAUGUUAGUUUAGGAGAAGGUCAUCCAGAUAUGGAAGGGUAAAGGGGAUGGGGAGUUAACCGCUGUAUUAAGCAUGUUAGUGGGACUAUUUUAGAUAUGAAUCCAAAGUUUCAGGUGAAGUUUGCUUGUGAUACUUGUCUAAACACCAUCUUCCCUGCCCUUGCAUCUUGAUGAUGGGUCGCAUUAAUCUUGAGACUUUCAAGAAGAGAUUGGACUGCCAUUUAUCAAAAAUGGUGUAGGGUUUCCUGCUUGGGGGUGGGAGUGGGGGUGGACUAGAUGACCUACAAAUUCCCUUCCAACUCUGUUAAUCUGUAAAACCUGUAAAACUCCAUAAUCCCUAAAGACUAUGACAGUUCUAGACCAAGAAUAUUGAGAAGAUACUCUGUAGAGUAUCUUUGGAAAUUUAGAUCUGUGCCUUAAAGUUUGACUUGGUACCUGUAACGAAUUAUAAUCAACUAGAAAACAUUGUGAACUAAAGAUAUACAUGAUCAAGUCAUAUAUACAGUCUUCACUAAAUGACUCCCCUCCCUAUCCCAGAUACAUCCAGUUCCCAAAACUCCCCAUCUCUGGGUGAGAAUUCUUUGAGAAAACUCAUAUAUGAAGAAAUGCUGAAGGCGAGAAUGCUUUGUACGAGCAGAACAAAAGUGCGAGUAUCCCAUCAUUUUAAUAUUCUUUUAAAUUAGAUAUUACCUUGCAUCUACUAGAACAAAUCUCUCACCAGCGAUGGUUGGAAUUGGUUUAGUGGGUAAAUAUGCUUUGAUGUAGAGGUUGCUUUGCAGGAAAACAGAUUUUAAGAUGCAACAACAUUGAUGGUCUUCCUAUUGGAAGCUGCCUCCUUGGGAUGGUUUGUGACAUGGGUAUUGUCAGUUUCUCAGUACUUUAGAUUGUAAUGUGGCUGAAAGCAACAGCAGGAGAAAUUCACCCUCACAAGCCGUAUGCUCCUAAUCAGUCAACUCUUUUGAGUGGCUACAGAGCCUAAAUCCUGCAGUGUGUUUAUGUCUGUUGCUGGCUUUGCACACUCAGUGGAAAGAUACUUUAACAUGGUUGUUCUCAUUUUCAUUAUCCUUUGUUGUGAUUGUGGACCUUAUUUCUCCAUGCUUCUCUUUCGCCCGGUUGGGUGUGUCUGUUUGUUUAUGUUUUCUGGUUUUGUGAUGCUUGCUUUGCUCAUGAGCGCAACAGAAACCCAUGCGGGCAGCCACAGCCAACAGGAUGAAGUGGCCACUGGUCACCUCCAGAGUCACUGGACAUAGUAGCCUCCCUAAAGGAACACAAGAGCCAAACAAUACAGAUAAUUGUUCAGCUGUAUACUAUUUCUGAAGUAAAUGUUAAAAUGAGAGGCGAUUUGGUAGAAUUCUGCUUGAUAGACACCAAUAUCUAGAGUUUGGUUUAUUUUAGGAAUAGAAAAGAUAAGUGCUUCCGAGUUACGUGCCAUCCCUUUUGAGAAUAAUGUACUUAUGCAUUAAGAAGCUAAAAAAAUAAAUGCAGUCCACACAGCAGUUUUCCUGUCUCAUAUCUGUUCACCAAAGGAAUGACUUUCCAGCUAUGGUAAGGAACAUACAACAGAUACUGAGACAGUAGGAAAGGUUUCAUUAAAGUCUCUUGAAGAGCGGCAAGGUUUUGUGGGGCUCCGGUGUGACAAAAAUGAAGGCAUAGAACUUGUUCCUUUCUGCUCAUUCUCGGCCCAAGACGUUUUAAUCAGAUUAACGGGGAUAAGACCAAACACUUUUCUCAUUUUAACUCCUGUAGCAUUUCUGUUUUGACCUUUCCAUGUAUCACCAAACACAAGGGGUGAAUUUAGAGGGAUGCAAAUUAAUCAGGAAAAGACCAUGGGCUAAAAAGGUGUGUUUAGCAUAAAUUUAGUGCAGAAAUUAAGUAGUGAAAAUCAUUGUUUGGCACAGCUUGGAACAGUUUUUAAGAAGGAAGAUUAGGCAUUUAUAGGGGGGACGGGGGACUCUUAAACAGGAAAGAGUAGCCAAUGCAUUUCAGGGUAAGGAAUUGUAAACUACCCCAUCCUCUUCAAGGGAAACCUCCAGGACUUGGUUGAUAAUAACCAAAAUGAAACAAACUGCUUGGUGGUCCAUUCUAAUCUUUAUUUGUGUAGCACAAUACUAUAAAACGUUGCUUUUUAUGAUUACCAAAGCUUGUUUGAAAGCAUGCACUUUGUAGGAUCUUAAUAUUUCACAUGUGAUGAUUGCCAAGGUACUCUGUUAUAGUGAUAAUAGUUUAUUGCAUUAUGAUGUAUGCAGAUAUUUAAUCUAAGUAUCAUGGUUAUGAAUGGCGGAUGGUUGGGUUUCUGUUUUCUAACUUGGUUUACUAUAGGCUAAAGGAAUAGACUUUAUAAGCAAGUUAUUAUCGCAGCGUAAAAUAGAUCACUUCCAUAUGGAGCAUGAUUGAGUCUGAGGUGGACAAUCAGGAGACUUCUCAAGAAACACAGGUUUAACGGCAACCAGAUUCAAAGAAGACUCCAGAAAGAGAUGAGUACUGUCUUUAGCCUUCCGGUUUUGCCUUUUUGUAAUAAUGACGUGAAAAGGAGAGGCAGAGCUCUUGGUCUUGUCCUUCUGGUGCACAGAUGAAGGAGGAUUCCCACAAGCAAAGAGAGAUGUGGGCGAGGACAGGACCAGAGGAGAUAUUCAUGUGUGGAGGGCAGUGAUUUCACAAUAUCAGAAAUGGCAAGGAAGUCCGGGGAGAUGCCCCUCCAAGAACCAGAGCUUCAUGCAAAAGGUGGACAGGGUCUACUGCUCUUUGUGCUAUAGUGUCAUAAAGGAAGGUAUCUGAUGAAUUCCAUUAUCCACCAACCUUGUCUAUAGGUCACCAUAUGUAAAAGUUGAAGCAUGAUUUCUAAAAAAGAAAAAAAAAGAAACAAAAAGAGGGGGGAGGAAUCUUUUAAUGAUUUGGGAAAGGUCUCUGUCCCAUGACUUAAACUAAGUGGAUUUUUUUGUUUGUUUGUAUGUUUGUUUGUUUCUAUAGCAAUUGGUGUUUCAGUGUCGUUGGCUGCAUCAUUUAUAACUGAACCAGAACGGUCUCCUUCAUAAAUCUGUUUUAAUUAAAACUCAUGUCAGAGCAACAGGAACAGAUAGAUACACAAGUAUUUGAAGUUUACAAACUACAUCUUUGAUAAGGGAAAAUGCUGUCAUGACAUGUGUACAGUUGCUAU